CAUAUUCCAACGCGCAUGCGCCAGUAAGUAGGAGUUCCAAAAUCGAUAUUGGAUUUUUUUCCUCUGCUACCUUUGUUUCCAUCAAGUCAAUCCUAGAACUAACAUCGAACUCGGCAGAGGAGACACAGAAUUAAAGUCCGGCUGAAGAUUUGUCUGUAGGCGGUGCCCAUCUCUGUGACAGUAUGAAGCUGUUCGUAGCGCUGUUGCCAUUUUUGGGCCUUGUAUAUUGCAGUGCCGCCCCUACCGAUAUUGAAAAGAGAUCAGCAAUGGUAAAACGUGCCCAGGAGGUGAUGAUGUUUGGCAAUCAACAAAAUAAGCCAAGAAUAAAGAAAAGUGAUCCGGAAGUUCCUGCUCUCCCUGACUUAAAAGGAAGCGUAACGGCUAAUAAGGCUGCAGAGACCAAAACUGCAGAACUACCAAAAGCCAUCGAAAAGGAGCUUGAGGACGUAAGCGAUGACGUCAUGGAGCCUAAAGAAUCAGAGGAUAUUACGUCUGAAUCAGGCGAACCUACCACAGAUGAGUUGUUGGAGGAUUUUCCUCCGGAGACUGUGGAAGCCCUUAAAGAGCUGGAAAAUGCUAAAAAUGACAAAGAAGAGAAAUCAUCCGAAGAGAUUAAUAAUAACGCGUCAGAGAAAUCGUCCGAGGAAAACAAGGAAGGUGAAGAAAACUCUGUGCAGCGAACUGACAACGACGAAGAUAUGUUAGAGGUCUUACCAGAGGAAUGGUAUAAUAAUCCAGCUUUAGCUUUACAGUUAUACAGAGCCUAUCAAAAACUUCCCAACUACGACUUGCCUUAUUACGGAAGGCGCAGGCGAUCACCAUUGAAAGCCCGUAUGUUCACAAACGACAUGAAGAGAUCUCACCGCAAUAAACGCGACCUUCCAUACUCAGAUGAGGAAUACCCGAUGGCAUAUUAUCCUUCCGAAUUCGGCCCAUCUUUCACGUUGAAAGACUUGGAAGCUUUCGCGAGAGAAAAGGAGUACGAAGACAGUGUUUUAAGAACCAUCCUUGACAAUGUAGGUCCUGACGACGUACAGGAAAUUGAGCAUCAGGGAGUCAGGGGUCUGUUUAUACCCCUAGAGCAGGAAGAGGUACCGGUGGCGCCCCCUAGCAAAAGGAGUUCCUACUUCUACCCGUACUCCGAGGAGCCGGAGACUCAUUUUGGUGCUUUUGUUCCCGAGAAGAAGGAAUACCUUGAUACGUACAGCAGGCUGGUACAGCUUGCAAGAGAGCUGUCAAAAUCAGACUCGGAUAAGGAGGACUAUCAGAGAUGGCAGUAAAGCAAGACGGUUGAAGGUGCCAUCUUUGAAGAAGGUUGCAUGUAUCCAAUCGGCAUUUCUACAUUGAUUUUGUUACUGAUUACGGACCUGUGUACUCUAUUACGUCAUUGUGUCAUCAUUGUUGCUCUAUCAAGGACUUUGAAAAAUCACAGGGAGGGGGAAGGGGGUAGGGAUUUUGUGUUCCAAUCUCUCACUGGAAUAUUGGGGCGCGGAAUUGGGGAGGGGGGUGUUGUGUUGGUUGUUUGAUUACUUAUCAAGGACUCGAUAUCAUUUAAUCGAAAAAGAUAAAACUAAAUAUUGAAAAUUAUUCAAGUUUGUUAAUUAAAGCCGUUUAUAAGUAAAAUUAUAUAUUGAUUUAAUGUUAUAUGUAAGUAUUAUAAUUGUUAUAUUUUUUGUCAAUAAAUGUAUCUUUUCUA